CCCAACAGUUGUUGUUAAUGUUGGGGUUUAAAAGACCAAAUGUAUAGACGAAGCAAACAUCGUCGUCUCCAAAAUCUUCAGAUCUAAUAAGUAAAAAUCAAAAACUCCAAAACUAAGUCUCACUCUCUCUCUGUCGGCAACCGCUGCGCGUGUACAGGCGGUGCCAUGAGGAGGUACAGUCCACAGUACUAUAGUCCUCCUAGGAGAGGAUAUGGUGGUCGAGUAAGAAGCCCUCCAAGAAGGGGAUAUGGUGGAGGUGGAGGUGGAGGUGGAGGUGGAGGUGGUGGAUAUGGAAGGCGCAAGGAGCAGACUCAUGGAAGCCUCUUGGUCAGAAACAUUCCUCUUGAUUGCAGACCAGAAGAACUGCGGAUUCCAUUUGAGAGAUUUGGGCUUGUUAGGGAUGUCUACAUUCCAAAGGACUAUUACACAGGGGAACCUCGAGGAUUUGCAUUUGUGCAGUUUGUGGAUGCCUAUGAUGCUUCAGAGGCUCAGUAUCAUAUGAAUGGGCAGAUAUUUGCAGGACGGGAGAUAUCAGUGGUUGUUGCCGCAGAGACCCGGAAAAGGCCAGAGGAGAUGCGUCAAAGGUCUAGGGUUAGGGGACCAUCAAGCUAUGGAGGACGACGAUCAUCUUAUUAUGGACGUUCACGAUCCCGCUCUCUGUCUCUAUCACGCUCUCCUCGCUAUCCAUCGGGUUCUAGAAGUCGCUACCGCUCUAGGUCAAUCUCUCCUACUCUCAAGCGUCGUGAAUAUUCUGUCUCCCCUGGUAGAAGGCAUGCAGACCAUCCAAGAUCACCAAGAGGUCCUCCACGAGAGCGAGAUGGUGACCACAAUCGUAGGUCAUAUUCUCCUGGUUAUGAUCGUGAUGCUGAGCAAGAUCGGAACAAUGAUGGGUUUGGCAAGAAAUCUGCAUUUGAAUCUGAGGAUGUACGUGGGCAUUGGAGGUCACCUGGCAGAACAUCAAGAUCGCCAGCAGGGUCUAAUGGUAGAUCUGCUGACUUGUGACCUCGGCCUAGCCAGAAUUAUUGGGCAACAAGAAUCCUCCAACUUAAAUUUGGUCAUGGAAGUUUGGCUUGUCAAUUACCAACGCCCUUAUAUUUUAGCACUAUAUUUGAUGUUAUGCAUCUUGCAGAUUGUUGAGCAAUGAGUUAGCUUCUAGACUUCCUGUGCAAUUAUGUUAAGAAGUAAAAAGAUCUUUUUGUUUCUGUUUACCAACUGUUAUAGAGUGGUUUUUUAUGA